AUGUCCACGACACAAGCCAUGCCGCCACACGCGGCCGAUAUCAUAGACCUCACGUCUGAAGACGACCCCUCUCUAUCCGACAGCUCCACCCAGCCAUCCUCCAACCCACUCCCGCCGCUGCAGUCGACCCGCGCCUCACGUCCUCCCCGCUUCGCACGCGAAAUCAUAGACCUGUCAGAAGAUACGCCGCAAGACACCACGGCCGGAGGCCAACAGCAAGCGAUACACAUCCCAUCAAGCCCGGAGGUCCAGAUCGUAUCAUCACGCAGGAUAGCCCCAGAGUCUGUAGACCUCACAGAUGAUGACCUGGUCGAAGGCACAUGGCAGGAGGGCGUGAACAGGGGACCUCCAGGCACCGGCGGCCACAGGACACGCGUGACGGCAGGAGGCUUCCCCCAACCUCGGCCUUACUUGGAGCGGCGGGUCCGGGAGUUGUUUGGACAAGCAGCGCCUCACAGGGCAGACAGAGGCACCAGGACUGCCGACAGGAACAGACGGCAUUUCCCUAACCGCGCCGCCAGUCGAUUUAACAUCAACCUCGACUUCAUGCAACCGAUCAUGGACUUUGUCGGACCCGGUCCGCUGGAUUACCACAUGCCAGCUUUCACUCUGGGACACGAUCAGGAACCCACACCUCCGCCACCAACUUACGCUCCACCAAAAGAUGCUGGACAAGGAUUCACUCGCUCACCUAAGGAGAAUGAGGUGGUUGUUUGUCCGAAUUGUGAUUCAGAGCUAUGCACCGGACCUGAAGACUCAGAGAAGAGGCAAGUCUGGAUCGUCAAGGCCUGCGGUCAUGCGUACUGUGGUGAAUGCGCCCAGAACCGGCAUACAUCAAAGCGCAAAGGCAAGGAGCCAGCGGGCUCAUCGUCGUCACGCUUGCCACAGACGUUCUCAAGAUGUGUUGUCAAGGGCUGCGAGAAGAAGUGUCACUCAAGGUCGGCGAUGAUCCAGCUAUUCUUCUAA